AAAUGAUUUGAGGAUGGGUAAACAGUAACAAUAUAAAAAAACAGUUGAAGACCUGCGUUGAAAUAAACAACACCGCAUCCCCAUUGCAAGAGGGACCAAAAGGAAAUAUCAGAAUCUGAGAGAAAUUUCAAAGAUAUGGAAAAUGAUUCGUUGCAGACAUCUUUAGCAUGGCUUCGCGAUAUUCUUCAAGGUAAAAUAGGCCAUGGAUUGGAUGCCAGAGUUCUCCAAGGACUACGCGUUAUCCAUGCCGAAAAGGGAUUUAUGCGAUUUGAUUUCGUUGUUCCAAAAUCUGUCUCUGAUAUUGAUGGAAAUUGGAAUGUUGGAGCUUUAGCAUCGUUGGUCGAUCUCCUCGGUGGUGUUACUAUUUUCUCGUUUGCCAAUCGUGUCGUUACUUCUGUUGAUUUCAGCGUUUCGUAUUAUUCAACAGCUAAGAUUCAGGAACAUGUGUUGAUAGAAUCAAAGGUUAGUGCAAACAAAGGAAACCUCAUACAUGUGGUGGUUGAAGUUAAAAGGAAAGGAAAUGGUGAAGUAAUUGCUGUAGGUAAACAAUGGAUGGCUUCAAAUAAACUCAGUGUUGCCCAAGUGAGUAAUCUUUGACAAUUUGAUCCACGUUAAAAUUAAGAUAAAAUUAUAAUAAAAAUGUGUUGAUUUAUAAAUAUUGAGAUUUGAACUCUUUGUGUUAAAUACGUGAUUUCUACACUUAUGAUAUAAUUAAUAAUAUGAUUAUUAAUUUGUGAA